AUGAUCGCCCGCGUCCCGCCUGACCCAGGGCGCGCAGCCUUCCUCAAGACUCUAACCCUGACGACAGUCAACAUCCUCUUCGAUGAUAUGACGGCACAGGUACGCGUACCGGUGCUAGUACGAUACAGGUACGAGGUACAGUCUGUAACGAGCGCAGGUUGCUUCGACGGCACGGACAAGGUCCUCACAGCGCAACCGCUCGUACUGGAACUGGAACCAUAUGCUGAUGGUCAAAGGAAAACUCCUGCUGCCUUGGGCAUGCUUAACUUCUUCCCUGUACUGCGACACCUGCCGGUCUUCAGCCGCAUGCUGAGAGAGCUGGACGGGGCGUUCUUAGGAUUGAACAAGGAGCUGCAGAGUAACAUAGGCGAGCACGAAGAGCAGGCGGCGGAGAAAGAGGGAGACGUGAGAGACUACUUAGACGCAUACCUGCUAGCGCAGCGGCAGCGGGCGGGGACAGAUUCAACGUUCACUAGUUUUCAGCUGCUCGUCUCCGUACGCGAUCUGUUUCUCGCCGGAUCGCACACCGUCAUGACGACGCUACGCUGGGGCCUGCUCUUCUUGCUCAAAUACCCUCACGUCCUGCGGAAAGUGCAGGCCGAGAUCGAUGACGUCAUCGGACGAGGGAGGCUACCCUGCAUAGCGGACCAGGACAACAUGCCGUACACGCGGGCGACAAUAGCCGAAGUGCAGAGAGUAGCCGACAUUGUGCCUCUGAGCGUGCCACACAGAACGACCAUCGAAUUUCAGCUAGGAGGUUACGUCAUCCCCGUCGGUACGGCGAUCAUUGCUAACCUCACGGCCAUCCUGAACGACCCGAAACACUUUUCCGAACCGGAGAAGUUUCGUCCAGAGCGCCACCUGGACGAGCGUGGAGACUUUGUGCAGAACGAAGCGCUGAUCCCGUUCUCCAUUGGUCGUCGAGUCUGUCUUGGAGAGACACUCGCGAAAGUGGAGCUGUUCAUAUUCUUCACAAGCAUUCUACAGAACUUCGACAUCAGGCUACCAGAUGGCGUUACCGAUCCGUCUAUGGAUGGAAACUUGGGCGUCGUGUGGAUGGCAAAUCCGUAUCUGUUGCAUUGCGUCGCACGACAGUAAUCCACAAUGAUGUCAAAACCCCACGCCGUACGAGUGAUAAUGUCUGGAACUUGCGAUUACUCACGUGCGAUAAAACUGAAUUAUUUUACAUUUUAACUUGCGAUUAAUAGGCGCUAUCCUAGGUUAUAACCUGAUAUUAAACUGCGUUAUCUCACGUUAUAACCUGUGAUUAAACUGCGUUAUCUCACGUUAUAACCUGUGAUUAAACUCUGUUAUCCUAACUUGUUACCUAUGAAUAAACGGCGUUAUCUUAUGUUUCAGCCUGUGAUUAAACUCUGUUAUCCUAACUUUCUACCUAGGUUUAAGCUGCGUUGUUUAACGUUUCAGUCUGUGGUUAAAUUCUGUUAUCUUAACAUUUUACCUAUAAAUAAACUGCGUCAUCUUAUGCUUCAGCCUGUGAUUAACCUGAGUUAUCCUACCUGUUUAUCUACGAUUGAACUGCGUAAUCUUACGUUUCUAGCAUGUGAUUAAACGGUUUGUUGCUACCUGUUAACGUGUAAGUAAACAGCGGAGAUGUGGCUAUGUAAUGUGUUCCUCAAAGCUGUCCGAUUAAAUAAGCAAAUCAAAAUGUC